AUGGUUGACGAGCAGGGCGUCCUGCGCCACCUGAUUCUUUCACCGGAAGCUACACCAACAUCUCGUUUGAUCCCGCCUGCCCCGCCGCCGGCAACGAUCGGUACGAAUGCGCCGCCGCAUGGCUCGAAUAUUGCGGCGCCACUGAAGCCAUUUACGCAUGGUUCGCCUUCACCACCAAUUGUGCCUCCUUAUCCACCUCCAAUUCCGCCGUAUCCUCUCCACAACAAUGCCGAUUUUGUUGAAGAUGGCGUUAGGAAAAAUUGGAUACCGCAUGGGAAGAAGUUUGAUGGGGCCCACAUGAUCCAGGUACCAGCUGGUAACGGCGAUGACCAUGUAAGUUCGGUUAACAACAAUUUACUCAGAAUUUUCCUCGUUGGGCCAACAGUGAAAUAA